GCUCUAAUUCAAACAUGGAUGCAACCUUGUGGGUUAAGCUAAUAGUGUCGAUUCCAGGAGUGUUAGCCAUACUUUACUACUCCGAAGCUCAAAUUUUGCCAAAUUUCUUAGAGAGUAGUACUUCUCAUAAAAAUUAUAAUUCCGAAGAUAUCACUAUCUUUGAAAAUGGAAAAUUUGAGGUGACUAAACCAAUUGAGGUAGAAAAAUCAAAGUUUUCCGCUCCUGAGCCAUUGCUUGUUGUUUCACCAUACCAACCAGGAUUGUAUCCUAUACUCUUGUUUGUCCACGGCACACUUAUAUCUAAUGAAGACUAUUCCGAUCUCUUUCAACGUAUUGUUUCUCAUGGUUUUAUUGUGGUAGCUCCUAAGCUCUUCUCAAUUUUCAACUUCCCAAGUGAAGAGGAUGAGAUAGAAAUGGUAGUUUCAGUAGCAAACUGGCUACCUUCGAACCUACAAGACGUGUUACACGAACGUGUUGGCGAAGGCGUGGAAGGGGACUUAAACAAACUAGCAAUAUCUGGUCACAGUAGAGGAGGAAAAUCAGCAUUUGGUGUUACGCUUGGUUUAUCAAAAACCAAACUUACAGUCAAUAUUUCCGCACUAAUUGGCGUAGAUCCUGUUGCUGGAUCUAACAAAAACGACAGAACACAACCACACGUUCUAACCUACGUUCCCAACUCGUUUAAUUUAUCGAUUCCUGUCACGAUAAUUGGAACUGGAUUAGGUAACCAAACAAACUUCUUGCUCCCUCCUUGCGCUCCAAACUAUGUUAACCAUCAAGAAUUUUACGUGGAGUGUAAGGAAAGUUCGCAUUUUGUGAUUUUGAAAUAUGGUCAUAUGCAAAUGUUGAAUGAUUAUGUUGAUCCAAUCGCGAGUUAUGUGUCGCUCGUGUGUGAAUCUGGGGAUGGACUUAAAAGUACGAUGAGAAGAACAGUAAGUGGGAUUAUGGUGGCUUUUCUUGACGCUUAUUUUGGCGACGACGGAGGACGACAGUAUUUCGCCAUUUUGGCUAAUCCUUCAUUGACUCCUACUAGGGUUUACGUCGAGAAAAAGGGCAACUUUGGGUUACCAAGAAAUCAUUAUGCUCAAGUUUAAUGCAUAUCUCACUCGCAACAAAAUUAAUUUGUACUCCCUACUUCGUACUCCCUCCGUCCCUUAAUAUUCACCCCGAUUUGACCGACAUAAAAUUUUAGGUAAUUUAAUUGACUUAAUAAUUUAUUAGGUGAUACUCCGUAGUUGAUAGUGUGUAUUUUUUAAAAUACAGUUAGUGAGAAAUGUGUCAAAAAAAGGGGUGUGGUGGGGGUGGGUUGAUUUUUUUAAUGUUUUUUUUAAGGUAUUAGGAAUAUAUGUGGGUCUAUGGAAAGUGAGAGAAAUAUAUAUAAAAUAAUAGUAAAAGUAUGUCAUUUAUAGAAAUGAAGCGAGUAUUAAGCGACAGCUUUAUUAGGAAAGCGGGGCAAGUAUUAAGUGACGAAGGGAGUAAUUUUCCAUAAUAUCUUGUAUACUUCUUCUGUUCCGGAAAUAUUGCACCAUGAUUGACUUUUACUCCUCUAACUGUUACUUUGACCCUUAAUAUCUCAAAUCAUGUACAAGUAAAAAAUACAAAAAAUAAAUAAUAUUUAGAAAAAAUAUAUCGAUACAAAUCGACCAUGCCCCACAAGACUAAAAUUUCAAAGGUACUAAUCACAUAAAAUGGCCAAAAUCGUAGUGUAAAUAGUGUAAAAAAAAUGGUGCGGUAUAUCCGAAACAGGGAAAGUUCACAAGUUUUGCUUCAACUAUAAAAUGUUGCUUCAACUAUUUUACGACGGAGAUAUAUAUAUUGUAUUAAACUUCUUACGUA